GGAGCAUUUUAAAGGUCAUCUGCACCUUCUGACUGGGAAAAGAUGGUUAAUGUCUUGAAAGGAGUGCUAAUAGAAUGUGACCCUGCCAUGAAGCAGUUCCUGCUGUACUUCGAUGAAUCAAAUGCCUUAGGGAAGAAGUUCAUCAUUCAAGACAUUGAUGACACUCCUGUCUUCGUUAUUGCAGAGUUGGUUAACGUCCUCCAGGAGCGAGUAGGUGAAUUAAUGGACCAAAAUGCUUUUUUUCUUAUCCAGAAGUGA